AUAAGUGUUGUACAAAUUAACAUGUUACUUCGUGCGAAAGAAAUUAUGUUAUUGAAGCAAUCGAAUGAUGAUUGACAAGAUAGAAUUAACAAUAACUGCAUGUAAUUUAUGCACGCAAUGUAAAAUACUAUACUGCAGAAAAAAUGUGCAUAAUUGGAGGUCAACAUUUCAUUAGUGCUUAUCAUCGCAUUUGAAAUUCAACGUGUAUCGAUGCUAACAAGUAAAAGUGUAAAACGCUUAGUGCAAUACGCGACAUCGCAUCGUCGGAUCCGCAAAACACGUAGGAAUUUAUUCGACAGCGUGUAAUAGCCGGAUAGCUGACCCUCGUAAAAACAGUUGAUGAUCUAUGUGGUGUAUGCUGAUAAUUUAUAAAAGUGUUAAGAUUUUAAACUAUUAUAACAAAUGUCUAAUUCUUUAAAUGGAGAACAAAAUACCCAUAAGACACUUUUAAUGGAUCGGUGUAAGAAAUUUUUUGUUAGAAGGCAAACUGAACUUCCAACUGAUAAUUUAGAGACUGAACUUGAAAGAAAAGAACGAUGGAGGAGUGUUUAUGUAAUUUAUUUUACCAUGUUUCUCAUGUCACUUGGCUUCAGUAUUAUACUUACUGGUGUUUGGCCAUAUUUAGACAAGCUGGAUCCUACAGCAGGAAAAGAAUUCAUGGGUUACGUAGUUGCAGCUAAUCCACUAGGACAAAUGUUAUUUUCUCCUUUGAUAGGUUGGUGGGGCAAUAAAAGAGGAUCAGUAAGAUUACCGCUUUUAGUGACCUUAGCACUAUUCACUCUUGCAUCAGCAGCUUAUAGUAUUCUUGAAGUGAUGCCUGGUGAUAGGAAAGCUUACAUGAUCACUGCUAGAUUUUUUGUUGGUGUUAGUUCUGCUAACGUUGCAGUAGCAAGAUCUUAUAUAUCUGCGGCAACCAAACUUGCAGAACGUACACAUGCCGUUUCUAUGAUAUCUCUUGCACAAGUGCUGGGUUUUGUAGUGGGUCCUGGAUUACAAGCUGCCGUAACACCUUUAGGAGACAACGGUGUAACAUUUAUGACCUACCUACCUUUAAAUAUGUAUACGGCAGCUGGGUGGAUUAAUGUAAUAAUGGGAAUUAUCAAUUUUAUUUUGUUGUGUCCAUGGAACUUCAAAGAACACAAAAUUGCGAUAAAAGAAGCUAUGCAUAAUGAGGGUAAAGCUACAGAAAAAGAAACUUGGAAGUCCAUAAAACCUGAUCAUUUGGCAGCAUGGACCUUAAUUUGCGCAUUUUUUGUUUUAGUCUUUAAUUUUGUUCUUCUUGAAACGCUUGGCACUUCACUCACUAUGGAUCAAUUCGCUUGGUCUAAAAAAGAAGCUUUAUAUUAUAUGGGAAUCAUUAUGAGCGUUGGAGCUGGAAUAGCUUGCAUUACAUUUGUUAUGAUUGAGCCACUUUGUAAGAGAUUUCAGGAACGUAAAGUGAUGUUAUGGGGUGGAUUCUUCUUCAUGUUGAUUGGACGAAUAUUAUGUAUUCCUAUUCCAGGCAUGGAUCCUCCUCUAAUUGCAGAUCUUGGACCAUAUAAUAAUAUUACGAAAGACAUCAAUGGUACAGAUAUCUUAGGAUGCCCAACCGCUCAAACAUGGUGUUUGGAUACUCCACAGAUUACGAUUACUCAAUUUUUUAUCGGUUAUGGCUUCACAUCCAUAGGUUAUCCCUUAGGUGUUACUUUGAUACAAACUAUAUUCAGUAAAAUUCUCGGUCCACGUCCACAAGGUGUAUGGAUGGGUUUAAUGACAGGUGCGGGUUGUGGCUCUCGCGUUUUGGGACCAGUUUUUGUGGGCCUUAUUUAUACUCGUUGGGGAACAUAUCAUACUUUUAUUAUUACCGGAAUAAUGAUAUUAAUUUCCAUGAUAUGGUUAUUAUUUGUGAAUAAACGUUUGAUUCCGCCUGAGAUAAAGAAAAGUAUUGAAGCACCGGAUAGACAAGAAAAGGACGAAAUCCCAUUAGUUCAUUUGAGUUCUGAUAAUGGUCAAACAUCGCACGAAGCUCAAAAGUUUAAUGGUACAUAAGAAAAACGAGAUCUCUUUGCAAAUGUAAGGUACAACUGCCAUAACAAAUCAUAUAUGAACAUCAUAAAAUGUUAUUAUGGCAAAUCGAUCUAUUUUUUAUGGAUAUACACAUUAGAUUUUUCUUAAAUAUGCAGAUA